GGAAGCUUUUAGGAAUACCCCGCUGAAUAAGAAACUUGUGGGACACUCAUUCUUUUAGGGUGUUUUUCAGCAUCUUUUUCAUCGAUAUUUAUGAAUGAAAUCUGGAAGAUUUUGGUCUAACCAUGGUUGAUAUGGUUGUCUGAUUAUAAACAGAUAUUUGCUAAUUGAUUGGAGUAUCUAUAGUUUGUUAAAAGCAGUGAUUGUUGAGGUGAAGAAGGAGGAAUAAUGAGCAUAAUGUGUUCUGAGACAUCUGAGUCAGAGUCAUAAAGCCACCUUCUGCUUUCAAUAACAUGGAGCUGUUGGAUUGAAGACAUUCGCGCCCUUAAUGAUGACUGAUGGUUAGAGACUGUGGUUGGAGACGCGCAUGGAGACCUAAUGGUUAAAGAUCAGCUGCAGCGUUAUGCGCCACGCCUCCCCCGGCUCACGCACCUGGCUCUCUCUCCAAACAGUCUGUCAGUCGCGCUGUUGCAGAGCAGAGCGGAUUUGCAGACAGGACCGGAGGAAAGACAAACCCGGGGAAGGAGAAAAAAAAAAAAAAAAAGCAGCGAAUGGGGGAGCGGAGGAAGAGGAGAAUGUGACAACUGCUGGAUGCGGACUGAGUGUGUGCGGCUGGCUACACUGCCUUUGGGGAGGCCUCGUUCUCUCUUGCACCUGUCCCUCUCCGUCUCCGCGGCCAGGCGCAGUUUGGGCGAGAGCGACGCUCCUUUAUUUAUCAGGCGGCGGAGGCGCACACACACACUCAAACACACACACACACACACACACACACACACACACACACACACACGGCACUGUAGGCACACAUACACGGAGCCUACACAGGGCAGGCUGGCAACAUGACUUCAUCCUACAAUCUGGAUUUUCUGCCCGAUAUGAUGGUGGAAAGCCGCCUGCUUGUUCCCGGAGACAGAAUUAACGGCACGGCCGGGAAGAUGAACGGGGCGCUGGAGCAUUCGGACCAGCCAGACCCGGACGCCAUCAAGAUGUUUGUGGGUCAGAUCCCGCGCUCCUGGUCGGAGAAGGAGCUGAAGGAGCUGUUCGAGCCGUACGGCGCCGUCUACCAGAUCAACAUACUCCGAGACCGCAGCCAGAACCCUCCACAGAGCAAAGGCUGCUGUUUUGUCACGUUUUACACAAGGAAAGCUGCCCUUGAAGCCCAGAAUGCACUGCACAACAUAAAGACCUUAACAGGGAUGCACCACCCAAUUCAGAUGAAACCUGCAGACAGCGAGAAAUCUAACGCGGUGGAAGACAGGAAGUUGUUCAUCGGCAUGGUGUCAAAGAAGUGCAACGAGAACGACAUCCGGGUCAUGUUCUCUGCGUUCGGACAGAUCGAGGAGUGCCGGAUCCUCAGAGGGCCUGACGGACUCAGCAGAGGAUGUGCGUUUGUCACGUUUUCCACCAGAGCUAUGGCACAGAAUGCAAUCAAAGCCAUGCACCAGUCUCAGACUAUGGAGGGCUGCUCGUCUCCCAUUGUGGUGAAGUUCGCCGACACACAGAAGGACAAGGAGCAGCGGCGUCUGCAGCAGCAGCUGGCGCAGCAGAUGCAGCAGCUGAACAGCGCCACCACCUGGGGGAGCCUGACGGGCCUGGGGGGCCUCACUCCGCAGUAUCUGGCUGUAAGGAGAGCCGCCGCGUCGCCCACCAUCACCUCCUCCUCCCUUUACUGCAGCCCCAUGGCCAACGCCGCUGCAUUGCUUCAGCAGGCGACCUCCUCCGGUAACCUCGGAGCCUUCAGCGGGAUCCAGCAGAUGGCCGGUAUGAGUGCUCUGCAGUUGCAGAACCUGGCCACUUUAGCAGCGGCGGCGGCAGCGGCCCAAAACUCGGCCAGUCCCUCCACCGCAAACCCCCUGUCCUCCAGCGCCGCCUCCCUGGGAGCGUUGGCCAGCCCAGCGGGCACCACAGCCAGCUCCAACGCCGGCGCCAUGAACUCUCUGACCUCUCUGGGCACCCUGCAGGGCCUGGCAGGCGCCACUGUGGGCCUGAACAACAUAAAUGCACUAGCAGGUAGCAUCAACAGUAUGGCGGCUCUAAACGGAGGCCUGGGCGGCGCAGGGCUCACCAACGGGACGGCGGGCACCAUGGAUGCGUUGACGCAGGCUUACUCAGGGAUCCAGCAGUAUGCCGCCGCAGCGCUGCCCACCCUCUACAGCCAGUCGCUGCUGCAGCAGCAAGGGGCCGCAGGCAGCCAGAAAGAGGGUCCAGAAGGUGCCAACCUGUUCAUCUACCACCUGCCCCAGGAGUUUGGAGACCAGGACAUCCUGCAGAUGUUCAUGCCUUUCGGAAACGUGGUCUCCGCCAAAGUCUUCAUCGACAAACAGACGAACCUUAGCAAGUGCUUCGGCUUUGUCAGCUACGACAAUCCAGUGUCGGCACAGGCAGCCAUCCAGGCCAUGAACGGCUUCCAGAUCGGCAUGAAGCGGCUGAAGGUGCAGCUGAAGCGCUCCAAGAACGACAGCAAACCGUACUGAUCUUAGCACUAGGGUCUAUCUGCUCCCCCAUGUUAGCACUGCUAGGGUAAGUCCCCCCCUCCCCUCCCCCGACAAAGAAACAAAAAAAUGAAAGAGAAAAAAAAUAGCAAACCGAGCCACGACCUCUCUACACAGGGACUCUGCGGGGAGGGUGGGGGGGUGGGGGUGAUGGGAGGGAAAAGGGAGGGAUGUGGGAGGGAGGGGGAGACGACCUACAACCACUCUGAGGGAGACACACACACGCCUUGUUUUAAUUUUUUUUUCUUGCUUUUUUUUUUUUUUUUUUAAAGAUUUUUAAGUUUGCUUUCAAGUAUUAUUUAUUACGAUUAUUAUUUUUUUCUUUUUACGCACAUGAACGCUUCCAUUAACCGCCAUUACUUUGUGCAAUUUUUAUUCUUUUUUUUACGAUGGAAGGAAGUAGCUAUCUCUCAGCUACAAAAAAACGAUCUUUCUCAGUGAUUAUUUAAACAUUUCUUGAGGACGUUACAGUCAGAACUCGAGGUAAAGACAAAGGAGCCAUAAAAGUUUUUCAUUUUAUUUUGACUUUUUUUUUUCUCGUCGUGAACCUGACGCCUGGUGAAAGGCUCGUUUUUUUUUCCUUUUUUUUUUUGACGCGCAUGCAGAUAUGCACAUCGGCCCGUCGUGCUCUGCGGUGUUGGUUGCAGGCCGCCGCCGCCGCUGCUGCUUCUCCAAAAAAAAAAAAAAACGCCUGCUGGUUACCCGGGGAGCAAAACGGCUGCGAAACAUUAGUGGCCUCUUUACAUUUGAGCGAGGGGCGAUGUCAGCGAUGCCCGCCGCUACAGAUACAAAAAAUCCACCACCGCAAGAAGAGAAAAAAAACACACACACUCCAGCUACGUCUUCUUCUUAUUAUUAUUUAUGUGAAAAUAUAAAAAGUUUUUUUUUAUUUCUCAGAAAAAAAUAAUCAGCGAGUCCUUUCUGGGUCAGAUCACAUUGGUCUUUGACGUGAAGGAGCAUCUUUUAAAAAAAAAACAACAACCAGAAUUUGAUGAAGGCGACGAUAAUAAUUCUAACGAUACGUUUAAAAAAAAAAAAGUUUAUGGUUUAAGGUGGUCACUGAAAAUACUUGAUGUUCGUUGAAAGAUUUAAAAAAAAGAUAAUGAUAAUUCAAAGUACAGAGAGCCACAGGCCUGUAAAUUUUAUUUGUAAAAAAAGCAGUUCUAUUUUUAUACAACAUUUUUACUGCCUCAGAUGAAAAAAAAAAAGGAUUUUAUUUAUUGCCUAUCGUUAAGUUAUUGGACUCCUCUUAUAAAGUAUUACAGCAUCUUUAACGUAGACCCUUUGUGGAGAAGUCUCGUGGAACAUUUUGGGUUCUCCGGUGUGUUUUUUUUUUUUUUUUUUUUCUCGUCAUGUUAUUUCAGUGCAGAAACCACGAUCACGACACGCCUCCGCCGCCAUAAAGACACGCACCUUCACCCCCUCCUCCUCUUCUUCUUCUUCUUCUUCUUCUUCAUUAUGUCAUUCAUCCACACACACACACACACACACACACACACACACAUCACUCUGUGCUGUUCAUCUGUCUCUCUCUCUUCCUCUCGCCAUCCGUAGUGGGACUACUUCCUGUCAAAUUCGUACCUUUUUUUCCUCGCAUUUUACACGUUUUCCGUUUGAGUGUUUAUGUUUUUUGUUUGUUCGUGGACCCCCCCCCCAAAAAAAAAAAAAAACAUCUGACAUCUCCAAAGAUUUUUGAUUUUUUUAAAGGAUGAAAUUAAAAGACCCCCCAACCUUUAAAAAGAAAGUACAAUUUACUCAUUAAAUCACGGCGGCCAUCUUGGAUCUGAUGGAUUCAGUUUCCAGUGGGUUUUUUGUGAAUGGCUGACUUGAGUGUGCAAAUGCGAGCGUCGUUUCUCCGUGAUUAAAAAACCUAUUUUUCAAAAAUCUGAGCUAGACAUUUUAAAUUCGUGAGUCGUGUCGCUGUUCUGCAUUGUUGUUGUUUUGUUUGUUGUUGUUGUCCAGUUGUUUUUUGUUUUUUUGGUGCUGUGGUGCUCUCUGGCUCUCUGUGUGUAACUCUCUCUCUCCUGUUUUUUUUCUUUCCCCCGUUUAGAACAACCUUCAUCUCCAUGCCUGUUAUAGCUCAUCGUUUGCCUCGCAUGUCUCCGUGGCGUCCUCCCCCCCUCUCAAAAAAAACCACACACACACACAUGAACUUUAAACAGAAAACAAAGUGUCAUCGUCCUCCCCGUCAUUGUUUUUUCUGAUGUCUUUUCCGAGCUCACCUGAUCCUAACCUGGCCCUCCUCCUCCUCCUCCUCCUCCUCCUCCUCCUCCUCCGCUGCCUACUGACCUUUUGACCUUUUUUGGGGAUUUUUUUUUACUUCUUGUUUUUUGCUUUUUUUUGUUGUUUUUUUGCAUGUGACCUCAUUUGGAUCCGGGAGGGUUUUCAGGGAGGCGAUACACAAAAUGGGGGGGGGGGGGGAGGAGGGGUCGGAUGAGAGAAAAAUGAAUCAAUGUGAAAAAGAUAUAAAGCUGCAUUCAUACGAAAAACACAAAAAAGACUGAGAUUUUUAUGGAAAAAAAAAACACAUGUUCCUUUUCUUUUCUUUUUUUUGAAGAAAAACAAACACAACAAACCUGUGGCAAAGUGAUUUCCAUUCAGUAUGUUUUUUCUUCUUCUUCUUUACGUCCGUUUUCUUUUUUUUUUCAUUUCAAAAGUAAACUUGAAAGUUUCAACGCAGGAAUUGGCGCCUCAUCUUGCUUCUGGCGCCGCCGACGCCGCCGCCGAAAAAACAACACAAAAAAAAAACCAAAACACACACAAAACAAAAAAAGAGCGGCGUGCGGGUCGGUUCCAGAAGCAGUCGGCGCCAGUUUCUCUGAGAAAUAAGACUACUUCCAAACAGUUUUGAAGUCAAAAACUGUCUGAUCAAAUAUUCGACUCUCUCUCAGAGCUCUCCAAUGGUUUUUACAUUUUUCAGGCAGUGUAAAGUUUUUUGAUAAGGCCAUUUUAAGUGGCUCUGUUUCUCAUUCAAAGUCUAUAUAUAGAACCACUUUUUUCUAGAGUAGUUUAAAGGGUUAAAAAAAAAAAAAGACAAAAGACCCUGUUUGGGGGGUGGGAAUAAAUGCUACCUACUUGUGUCACCUUUUGCUGAACUGACUCACAGAUAGACAAUCCGUGGUUUCAAAAUGCACAUGAUGAAAUGACCUAUAUUUUCUACUGUUUAAAUGUAUAGAGGAAAAAAAAAAGAACUAAACUUAAAAACCAAGCGUACUAAGAUUUACCUGUAAAACCUGCGUUACCGUCGGUGCUUCUCGUGAGUUUAGUUGUGGUUUCAUCACAAGUCUACCGGUCUUAAAUGUCCUCAUGUUUUUUUCAAGAGAAGACUUUAAAAAAUCAGUUUACUUGAACAAUAGACAAAGCCUUUCAUAUUCCUAUAAUAGUUACUUUGUCCUUUUUAUUAUCCGUUUCUUUUCUUCUUCUUCUUUUUUUUUUUUUUUUUAAAGGAGUCCCUAUUUGCUAAAAUUUCUUGUCGGUUAAUUAGCUAUAUAAAAUUCCUAAAAAUAUAUAUAAAUAUAAAUAUAUCUAUAUAUAUAUAUAUAUAACGUCAGCUUGUGAAGCAUCAAUGUCAUUAUUAUUUUAUUUCUCUCGUGGGAAAACGAUAUUUAGGUGUGUUUCGUUGUUCAGCAAAAUGUCUUAUAACGAGAAAAAAAAAAAGAUCAGUGGAGUUUAGUGCCAAAUUCUGAAGGUACUUCCUGCCUAGCGCGUCAGUGUACUUCUUGUGAAAUGAUUUGAUAACAUGGGUAUUUUAUUAUAAGUGUUUUGUAUGGAUCCCUCAUAUUUAAAAAAAAAUAUAGAUUUAAAAAAAAAAAAGAGUUUGUUAACUUGCUAUUCUGUGGUCUUGUUGCCUGAAAAAAAAAUGUCAUGUUUGCUUUUUUUCUUUGUAAAGAUGUACAAAAAAAAGAAGAAAAAGUUCAAAAAAAGUGCCCAUGUGUCAUAUAUAUAUAUCUAUAUACACGCACACACGGACACGGACACACACAUUCUCGUGCAGACCUCACAGUUUUUUACUUUCUUUGUUGUGCAAUGAGAGCCCCUGAGUGUGAAAAGCCUCCGCAGGAAACCCCGCUACGGCCCGCCCAGCGUGCACACACACACUUUAAAACGCAAGAUAUUUUUAGCCAUUGUACAGCCGUUUCACUCAUCGAAGCCUUACCACCAAAUCUUUGCACUCCUCUUCUUCUCUCUCUAUUAGUAUCUCGCACACAAACACGGGCGUCGGGCUUCAGCGUGAAUCGUUCUGAUUGUUUUCCUCGCACACUCGAGGUACGCAAAGCCUUAUUUCUCUAAAAUCCUCUUAUCCCUUUUUUGUUGAGUUGUAGCCGCGCGUCGCUCGCCUCAGACGGGAGGCGAGGGGAUCAUUACUUUUUGUGUAUCACCUCAGACGAGCGUGCUUUUUCUUUCAUGAUGUAAGCACAGGGCAAGACUCGCUCAGUCAUUCGAUCUUUUGAGGGGGGGGGGGGGG